ACAGAGUCAUAGUAUAUAAAUACAUAUAUUGAGAUGGUUCCCCAGCACUAACUCCACGAGAUUUUUCCAAUUUGUCCCAUUACCUCCUAAGGACAGAAUGAAGCUUGCGAUUGUAUUUAUUGGACUCCUUGGAUUCCUCUGGGGCUCCACCUCUGCUGACUCAAAUAUCAAUAUCAGCAAUGAUAACGACACUAAUGAUGGUGGUCAGAGAGUGAGCAUCAACAAUGAACACAAUAUAGCCAAUAUUGAUAACGACAAUGGAUGGAAUUCUUGGAAUGCAAUCUGGGACUACAAGACUGGCUUUGCAGCAACUAGGAUCUUUGCCAAGAAAACCUGCAUCGUGCACAGACUGAACAAAAAAGUUGUGCCUGCUCUUCAGGACCUUGAAAAGAUGUCAAAAGAAAGGAAGGCAAAUGUACACGCUGGACCUUCUCCCCAAAGCCUACAGUAUCAAAUUGAACCCGAGGAAACAAAAGACCUGACCCAAUUUGGAAGUCCUAUUGAAAACAUGUGCAAGGGUCUUCAGACUUAUCAAGCUCAGGAAGUUCAAGGACAAAGCUUCUUUUUCUAUAGUGGUUCAUGCUUCCAGGCUGGUCUCCUCUGGCUUCUGAACUUCUCCUUUUGUGGAGAGACAACAGCUGUAUAAAGAAAUCACCAAAGACCUUCCAGCCAAGAUGUACUCCCUCAAACUCUUCAAAUCUUAAUAUCUCUUAAAAAGAAUAAAAAGUGCUUUUUAUUUCCUA